AUGGGGAACGCCGAGAGCCAGAGCCAUGCCUUCUGCCGCAGCUCCGAGGGCGGAUACCUGUCCCGCAAACACACCUCGCGCUCCCUCCGCGUCCCGCCAGGCCACAAGCCGCCCCCAGGGCAGGUGCGGCUACACAACUCCUCCACCUCCUCCGGGAAGAUGGAGCACCGUAACUCCUCCACCAGCACCCGCUCCAGCAGCACCCCCAGCCUCCCCCAGUCCCUGGCCGAGCACGGACUGGAGGCCUUCGACGAGACCAGUCUGCUGCCCGACUUCGGGAGUCCGGUCUGGGUGGACCGCCUGGCCAUGAACCUGCGGCCCCUGUCCUGCCUUGACUCAGAGAAGACACACGAGACCACGGCGGGGACCACGGCUAUGGCGGGUGAUCGGGAGGAGGAGGUUUACCUGAACGAGGUGAAGUGUUUGCGCAGAGCCAAAGAAGCAGCCAGCGCCAAGAAGAGACGCUCCAAGUCUGCGGACAUGUGGCGCCAGGACAGUCUGGAGCUGUCUCUGUCCGACCUGAGCCAGGAGCAGCUGCCGGACCAUGACUACCCCCUACACAGCCACGGCAGCCACGACACGAGCGCCCUGACCAGUCCAGAGUCAGCCGACUGUAGAGCUAACUCUCUGGACGAGCUCUACGCCCAGAGGAGCUGGCUCCAGACGGGGAAGAGGCGUGGAACAGGGAGAUACAGGGGAGACACGGGAGAUGGGGGAGACGAGAGGGACGGGGGAGACGAGAGAGACGGUGGAGAAGAGAAGAUGCUGUCCCCGUCAGAGGAGCAGGGCGGCGGGUACAGCGCCUACACUCUACCCUGCAGGAGGUCCCACUGUCUCUCAGAGGGACGCAGGCAGAGGCAGCUGUCCAUGUGUGCCAGCCGCAGAGCACAGACCAUCCAGAGCAGUGCAGUGAUUGGUCACGUGUUCGGACACUGGGAGGCCCCCGGCCCGGCCCCCUCACAUCUCCACGGAGCCCUGAGCCGUGCGGGGCCCUCAGUGGGACAGGCAGAGCUGGGAGGUCUGAUGGCCUCAGUGAGGGUCCUACCUGGGGGAGUUUAUGGCUGA